GACUGAUCACUUUACUAAGCUGGCAUGUGCGUAUCCGUGUCCAAACCAGUCUGCUAAGACUGUGGCUCGUGUUCUCUGGAAUAAUUUCUUCUGCGUUUAUGGGUUCGCUGAUUGUAUCCAUUCUGACAGGGGUGCUAACUUUGAAAGUUCACUUAUUGCAGAAUUACUUCAGUUAUCUGGUGUUGGAAAGUCCCACACCACACCUUAUCAUCCCAUGGGGAACGGUCAAGCAGAACGUCUAAAUCGCACGCUGGGUGGGAUGAUUAGAGCUCUGCCAGCUAGGUCCAAGGCUAAAUGGCCUCAGAUGUUGAACACAUUGACAUUCUCCUAUAACUGCACUGUUCACGAGACUACUGGGUUUCCGCCCUUCUUCUUGAUGUUUGGACGCACCCCUAGGCUGCCAGUAGAUGUUAUGUUUGAAAGUGUGCUGUUGGAUGGGGACACGGUCGAUGUGGAUAAGUAUGUCCAGUCUUUGGGUGAGGAUCUGAGAGAAGCCAUGACAUUGGCUCAGCAGCAUGCUAGUAAGCAACAAAAGAGACAAGCCGAGGCCUACAACAGAUGGUCGAAGGGUCAUUCGGUAGAGAAGGGAGACAGAGUUCUACUUGCUAACAAGGGAGAGAGGGGCAAGAAGAAACUGGCUGAUCGCUGGGACAGUGCGGUGUACAUAGUUGUUGCGAAGAACAGCUCACUGAACACAUAUCGUAUACAGCACCCUACCACUGGACGCAUCAAGACGGUGCAUAGGAACCUGAUUAUGCCAGUCAACUUUCUGCCUUUGCCUUCUUGGGAGGAACCUGAGAGUCACGGAUAUCUAUCGAGUGGUGACGUGUUCUCUGAGAUGUCUGCAACGUCCAGCAAAAUGGAUGGGAGGGACGCAAGGACUGUUCACUGGGUAGCAAGCCUUCCUGAGUCUUCUGGGAGGAUAUUCCAAGAGGAUGGUGAAGUCCCAGUUGAUGGAAGUGAAGUGGAACGGCCAUAUGACGUCCCCUUGAGUGAGGUGUGCUCAGUAGAAGUAGACCAGAGAGAGAUCCCCAAAGCCUACAAGAGUUCUGAUGGCGAAACUCCAUUCAGUGGGGAUGGUGCUGUGACAGAUGUUGUUAACUUGGUUGAAGAUGCUUUGUCAGUGUGGUCUGUGGCAAUCUACCAGGAUUCUGAUCAGUCGUCUGACACUACUAGUGUUGAGUCUGUAACUGAAAGUGUGCUGGCUCCGGAUAGGCCGAGUUGUAGUAUUCCCCAACCUGAGGUUAGACCUCUGAGCAUGGUCUCCAGUUCGUAUCAUCCGGAGAGUCAAGGGGCUCUCGAACGCUGGCAUCAGACGCUGAAGGCAAUGGUACGCAACUCAAGUAAGCCGGUCCAGUCCGCCGUCUCCAGUGUGGCUGCGGUGGUGCUGAAGCCUGGCUGGGAUCUAGAGGAGGAUAAGGAGGACGGGUUGGAGUUACGCCAUACGCUACAGCAGUGUGAACGCUUAUAUCUGCUAGCCCCCACCCUACGAGGUUCUGUUUGA